AUGAAGCUCUACAUGGGAAACAUCAAAGGCCCAGUAUGUAGGAACAAGCUGGUUCUACUGUACCUUUGCUUCCUACUUCUUGCGGAGUCCUAUGCACCUGAGCCUAAUCCAGGACCAAGACCCCCCAAGUUUCCGUGUACGGUGUGCGGCAAGGCCUGCAAAUGGACAACACCCUGCAUUUGUUGUGAUACUUGCGAUUGCUGGUACCAUCAGGCAUGUAUGGGAAUGAAUGACCAGGUAUUUAACGCCUUAGCAAACUACAGUUGGGAAUGUGUUCAGUGUGGCAUACCAAACUUUUCAACAGGAAUAUUUGAUAGUACAAUAUUUGAUACAAGCAACAGUUAUGAGAACCUUUCCAAUGUAACAACUACUGACAGUGAGAUGAGCUUUUCCUGCCCAAACGCCACAUCUUCACCUCAUAAACGUGUUAACUCUACUUCUUACCAAGCACCAGAUCAGCGUAACGACCUACCUAUGAGAAUCUUGUUAUUGAAUUGUCAGUCUAUUAAGAGCCCAGGGAAGACUGGACAACUAAAGAACAUGAUCACAGCAUCACAGGCAGAUAUCAUCAUAGGCACAGAGUCAUGGCUUGAUGAAAGCAUCUGUUCGGCUGAAGUCUUUCCACCCAACUUCACUCCAUAUAGACGUGAUCGCUCUACCGGCUCACAAGGUGGCGGAGUGUUCAUCCUAGUAUCAAACAAGUAUACAAGUGACAGUCCCGUGGAACUCACUGAUGAAUCCAAUAUCGAGAUGGUAUGGUGUAGGCUGAAGGUCAUAGGAUCGCGACACUUGUACAUAGGGGCUUUCUACAAACCACCUUCAACGUCUGACCCCGAGUAUUUAGAAUGCCUAGCCAACACACUUAGUAGAAUUCCUAGCAACGCCCACCUUUGGCUAGGAGGCGAUUUCAACCUUGCUGAUAUUAACUGGAAACAUGAAUGUCCCACCGCUUAUGUUUCUAAUGCAAAACAGUGUCAACAGCUUAUUGAUAUAACCAAAGAUGCCUAUCUUGAGCAAGUAGUGGAUUCUCCAACCCGCAUUACUGCAUAUUCAAGCAACAUCCUUGACUUGUUCUUCACCAACAACAAAUCACUUAUCAACAAGUGCGAGAUCCUACCCGUGAUAAAAGGUGACAAACUGAAGAAGCCAUGGAUAGAUAAGAACAUUCGCCCAAAACAUAGGAAACUAAAAUGUUUAUACUCAAAACAAAAAGCAAGUGGAAAGGCUAAAGACCGCCGGAAAUAUGAAAAGGCUAAAAGCACCACGCAGAAACUAGAACGCCAAGCUUAUUGGAAACAUGUCGAAGACCUAAUAGAGGGUGAUGAUGACGAACUAGACCAACCACCCAAGAAAAAGAAAAAGUUUUGGGCCUAUAUUAAAGCUCUUCGUAAGGAUAGCUGCGGCAUUGCACCCUUGAAGGACAAAGGGAAACUACACAAUGAGCCGAUAGACAAAGCAAACAUUCUGAAUCAACAGUACCGGUCUGUCUUUACCCAAGAAAACAACUCAAAUACACCAACACCCGAUGGAGAUCCAUACCCAUCCAUGAAUGACAUAGAAGUAACACCAGAAGGAGUACUAGCUUUGUUAAAGAAACUUAACCCCAACAAGGCCACAGGUCCAGAUAUGAUACCAUCCAGAAUCCUUAAAGAAUUAGCCGACCAGUGUGCACCAUACCUCAGCACAAUCUUCAAUAAGUGCCUACAGUCUGGGGAGGUCCCAUCCAUCUGGAAAACUGCCAACGUUUCUGCCAUUUUCAAGAAAGGUCAACGUUUUAAGGCCAGUAAUUACAGACCAGUGUCCCUAACCUGCAUAUGCUGCAAACUUCUUGAGCACAUAGUUGUAAGCAACGUUAUGAAGCACUUCGACAGUCACGAUAUCCUCACAGAUAGCCAACAUGGCUUCAGACGUAAGCGUAGCUGUGAAACCCAACUUGUAACACUGGUUGAUGAACUCAUAUCUUCUAUGAGUAAAGGAAAACAGUUUGACCUCGCCGUACUCGACUUCUCCAAAGCGUUCGACAAGGUGCCACACAGACGACUCUUGGCUAAACUAGACCACUACGGUUUCAUCCAGCACGAGACUGUUCGCCGAUGA